AUGCCUAUCGAUUAUUCUAAAUGGGAUAAGAUUGAGUUAUCAGAUGAUUCAGACGUUGAAGUUCAUCCAAAUGUCGAUAAGAAAUCAUUCAUAAAAUGGAAACAGCAAAGUAUUCAUGAACAAAGAUUCAAGAGAAAUCAAGAUAUCAAGAAUUUGGAAACACAAGUCGAUAUGUAUGCAAAUUUGAAUAAAAGAGUGGAUAAGAUUUUACAGCAAGUUGAUGUGGCAAAAUUUGCUGAUUUAACUUCUAUUACCAAAUUUUUGAAUGAAAAUUUUGAUAAAGUUGAAAAAUCUGCUGGUGAUAACGUGGAUCCUGAUAUUGCUACUUACAAUGAGAUGGUGGAAGAUUUAUUUGAACAAUUGAAAGGUGAUGCUAAGAAAGAAAAUAAGAAUCCAGAAGAUGGAACCAUCAUCAAACAAUUACUGUUGAACCAUAGAUCUAAAAUUGACUCUGUCACUGUUGAGGCUAAGGAAAAAUUGGAUGAAUUAUAUAAAGAAAAACAAGCACAUAUCUCUUCAGAAGAUGUCCACACCGGAUUUGACAGUGGUUUUAUGAAUAAAAAGAAGGAUAGUGAGGAUGAUAAAGCAAAAAAUGUCAACAAAGCUAUGGAAUCCAUGAAAAUAAAGCAGGAUGAUGAUGAAACCAUCAGAAAUAUCGUUUUAAAUAGCGCCAAAGUAAGUCCACCAAUGGAAUUCAUUGAUUACAAAGAUGAUGUCUUGAAAUUAGCGCCUGAGACGGAAGCGUUUGGUUCCAUUCCAUUCAAUGAAUAUAAGCAAAUGGAACAAUAUUUGGUCAAUAAUAUGCAAAUUAUAUCUGAACAACAAAAAGAUGCUUUAAUGAUGAAAUCUUUUGAAUAUCAAAUGGAUGACGAUGAUAAGGAAGCAGAUACGAAGACAUAUCAAAUCAUUCACCAGUCAGAACUGCUGGGAUACAUUCGUGAAAUUUAUGACUUGAAAAAAAUUUCAACCUUGAAUGUCAAUGAAUUGAAAGAAGUUAUUUCUAUGUUUUUUAAUAAGGUUAUAUUCAAUACUUCUAACACGAAAGGUAAAGAAUCCUUUUUACAGAGUGUGUCCGCAAAAUUCAAUCACGUUAAACAAAGAUCUAAGAUAAUCAGAGAGGAGCAAAGUGCUGAAGAAGUUAAUGUCGAGGGUGUUGAAACUAUACAGUUGAAGUCACUCGAUGACUCCACUGAAUUGGAGGUCAAUUUACCUGACUUCAGUUCGAAGGAUGCUAAUGAAAUAAGAAAAUGUGAAGUUUUUAACACGUUAUCGGUUGAAAUGCAGGAAGCACUAAAGACACAAAGCUUGGAUAAAGUAAAUGAAGUUUUUGCAAAAAUGACAAUUGAAGAUGCUGAAAACGUUCUAGACAUUUUCAAUGAAGCAGAAAUUAUUGGUGUCAAAGCUUUAUUAGAAAAUGAGGAUGAUUUCAAUGAGAUUAAAAGAGAAUAUAACAGAGAAAUAUCUGACGAAGGUAACUACGAGAAUAUUAACGAUGUGGUUGAUUGA